AUGUCAAAUUGGUUUCAAAAUAGGAGAGCGAAGGUGAAACAGGACAUGAAAAAGCAAAUCAACAAUUACAACAUGCAGUUGGGCCUAUACGCGCAACCACAGAUGCCAGGAGCGCCGCAAAUGCCAAUGCCCGUCCCUGCAUCGAUGCCACACUUCCCUCCGCAGAUGGAUCAAGCACAGCCUCAGAUGACUCUUGCUCAAGGGUACUUUCCUGUAAAUGCCGACAUGAGUCCUGCAACCAUGCCAGUCCAAAACGUCGAUCGCCCGUCAGCGCUAGACAUAGGCCCAAGUCAGCAGCAAAUGAUGCUCCAACAGCAAUAUGACAUGCACCAUUCGUUGCGCUCGAUUCCGGAGGCUGACCGAGGGAAUUACGCGCAUCCCAAUGCGGUUAUGCAUUCUAUCAUGGCUGCCACCGCUGGACCGUCGUACAUGCAAAACAACGGUGUUCCAAUGCAACAGCAGGGCUCAAAUUUCGUCUUCAAUGAUCAAACUCCCAACGGCUUGCCGAGUGACAUGCCAUUCUCAAUGCCCAACGACAUGUCCGCCGUGAACGCUGCAUCUGAAGACGACCAAUUCGGCGGCUUUCAGGACUAUCUGUCAUACCUACCAAUCAUCUCGACCGCACCGGCUGAUUUGCAGAUUACCGCAGGAUCCAUGUCGGCGGAUGACUCGCCGUACUCUGGUACUCAGUCGAACACAACUAACCCUUCCUCGAUUGAGCCGAACACUGGUUCAGUGGCAUCCAUCACAUCAAAGUACUCGGGCUGGACUGACACGAAUGGCGACGCGGAGGCCAAACCGGAAAACGACACCGUGGACUUCUUUGCUGGCCCCUACAACAUGCCACAGGGUUCGACUUCGGAGGCCAACUUCUGGGGACCAUCGCAAGGCCAAGGAUUUCCGCGCGUCGACAUGUACCAGCAUUCUAAUGCUUCUGCGCAUGCUGUUCUCUCGUCACCACACAACAGCGGGCGCUCGCUCAGCACUGGGCCCGCGGAUUUCGAGACUCCUGACUUUGGAGGCGAUGUGUUCGCCCGGAGGAAUUCUUCUACGAGCAAUCUUGCCACGAAUAUCGAAGCAAUUCACAUCCAAAAUCAUACGCCAGAGGGCUUCCGAUCACCCACUCAAUCUAGCAUUGCUGCUCGGAGGCAUAAGCGACCGGCCACACUGAACUCGAAUACUCUCAGAAGCGCGUCGUACAGCGGCGGUAUGCCUUCGCCCGGGAACAACAACAACCACGGCGACCAUACGCUCCGGAGGAUCCGAUCUUCCGGAAUCGGCAACGCCGGUCGCGUUCAGAAGCCACAGCCGGGCUCAGCACAGCGCUCACCCAUGUCCUUGACCUUCUCAGAGGCUGCAUCUUCCCCCAAGUUCCAGCGGGCCAUGUCAUCUUCCAGUAUAACUACUGUUGGCCACGGGGGCAGCUUGGCUCCACCUACACCGCAGACACCGAACGAGCAUGGCCGUUUCCCCUACUGGCAAAGCAACCCGACAAUCAGGACUUCUUUGCCGGAUCAUAGUUCUCCGGAGAGCAUGGCUGCGAGUUGGGCCAUGGAGCAGGUCGGAUCGUUUAUGGGAGAGUCUCCGCCUUCGCUGGAGGCAGCGCAACUGCAUCAGGCCCGUCUUGGUGCUGACAUGUGCCGCGACACCCCACCGCAGUCUGCACCGGCAACACAGCCGGGGUUUCCUCGACAAAAUCUGAUGCAACCCCCGCGAAUGAGGGCUGCAUGCCACUCAAGCACUGACUUGACCCUCCAGCAGCCCAAGCCCAGCCAUUUCAGGAGACCAUCGCUUCCCGUCGACGCGCAAGGGCAGGGCGAUGACCACAAUAGCAUGUUCGGUUCCUCAUACGGAGGCUACAACAACUACGAUGAUAUCUCUCUGAGCGGCAUUCAGCACAACGUGCCGUUCGCCCCACCUGUCUCGGCUAUGCCGGACUUUCUGGUCAACCAGUACAUCCCUCCAUCAGGGGACGGAUUCCACGGACACAUGCGACGGACGACGGCACCCGAGGCGAAGAACUACAUCUUUGCCAACCAAGGCCCGCGCGACUUCCGCUCCUGA